UCUCUUUGGUCGGGAUCCGGAGGAUCAUCCUGGAGCCCAAGAGAGCCGUGAUUGAGCUUUCCGUCGAGAUUGCCUUGUUGGCGAAAGGUCCGUCCGGGUCCCUCGUUGGGCUCUUUGUCAUGAAGGCCAACUUAAAACUGAGCGUCCAUGCCUCUGUUUUCGGCGGCAGACUGUUCUUCACUACAAAACUGGCCAGUCUUGAGCUGCUCCUGGUUUCUUCCCAAGUUGGACCUGUUAACGUCUCUGUCCUCGUGAAGUUGAUGAAGUUGCUUAUAGCAGAAACAUUUGUGCCACAAGUCAACGAGUGCCUGGACGUCGGGAUCCCUCUGCCUCCAGUGCUGCACAUUCGCUGGAAUUAUCCAGCGAUUCACUUUACGCAGGGGAUGCUGGCACUGUGUGUGUGAGAUGGCCAAGGGGACCUCGCAUCUGAAGACAUUCCACCUGGUUUCGGCUGCGGCAGGAAGGCAAGAGGGAUAUCUUAGCAAGAAAGAAGAACCUAUACCUAUCUUAUCCUUUAUUUUCCUAACUGUGAACCGCCCUGAGACCCCCGGGUAUAGGGCAGUAUAUAAAUUAUAAUAAUAAUAAAAAAACAACAAUAACAUUUUGCACUUUGUUUCCUGCCUGGGGUCAAGUUGAGGGUGAUUUGCACAAAUGCUAGAUGCUAAUAGCAGGACUCUCUCAAAUAGGAGGCAGGAGUCUUUGCAUAGUCUGUAGGUGGUUAGGCCUUGGGUGUUUUCCAUUAACGGAAAAGAUGGAUACGAAAAAUAAUAUUAGAAAGGUAAGAGUGGACUCUUAAGUUUGGCAUUGCAAACCCAUGCUGAAUUUUAGCAUGAGUCCGGGUCUGAAUGUGCUUCA